AUGCGUCUCAUCAACACAAGCACUCGGAAGUUCGAAGAGUUCAUCGGCACAUCAAUCCCCACAUAUGCAAUUCUUUCUCACACCUGGGGCGAUGAGGAGGUAACUUACAGGGACUAUGUUGAAACCCGCGAUGCCUCCAUGAGAGGCUACAAGAAAAUCCUCAUGACAUGUAAAAUUGCGGAAAAGGCCGGUAUAACGCAUUGCUGGAUCGAUACCUGCUGCAUUGACAAAAGCAGUAGCGCUGAGCUGACGGAAGCUAUCAAUUCCAUGUAUCGAUGGUACAGAGAUGCAAAAGUCUGUUAUGUUCAUCUAGAAGACCUGGCUCCAACUACAGCGACAAGCGUCGAUUUACCGAAAUGCCGCUGGUUCACGCGUGGCUGGACUCUCCAAGAACUGAUUGCGCCACGCGACAUUCAAUUCUAUGAUGCCAAAUGGAAUUUCAUCGGACUCAAAACGAAUCUGAUUGAUGGCUUGUCGACUAUUACUGGCAUUGGCGCAGAAAUCCUGAUGCAUGAACAGUCAUUGGACCUAGUAUCAGUGGCGGCAAGGAUGUCCUGGGCGGCUAAGAGAGAAACUACGCGGACUGAAGACAUGGCAUAUUGCCUUCUUGGAAUCUUCGACGUCAACCUUCCAUUACUGUACGGCGAGGCAGAGAAAGCUUUCCAGAGACUUCAGGAGGAAAUCAUUCGUUCGAAAGCCGAUCUCAGUAUAUUUGCUUGGCAGUGUCCGCGGCCUCCCGGAAUUGAUAGAUGGACGCUUACCGGUGUCCUCGCGCGAUCACCAAAGGACUUCUUCAAUGGUUAUCUUGUGGAACGCAUGUACAGGAGGGAGGCGCAUGAAUUUGCGAUCACCAAUGUCGGCAUCAAGACGCGCUUGCGCGACCUGUCGAGCGAUACCUCCUUACCGCCAUACCGGCAAUUCCAAGGUUCUCGGAGUGGUUGGAUCCAUCGGCAAGGUUCCAGGACGCAGGACGGUUACUACACUUCAUGCGACAAUCUCCCGUUCGUAUCAAGCUUCCAUCGACGUUCAAGUUAA